AUGUCGAAGGGUGGUCUGCUGGACGGACCCCGUGAACGCACAGAUCAGGAUGAUGAAAAUCAAGGAAAGCAAGAACAGCCUUUUCAAAACAAUGUGGAUGCGCCAAAACCCUACACGGUCUUUACUCACACUGAAAGAUGGCUGAUCACCAUUAUUAUGGGCAUAGCUAUGUUCUUCUCGCCCAUGACAGCGAAUGUCUACUUUCCCGCUAUGCCGGCUCUUGCGGAGGCAGCGCACGUCUCGGUACAAGACAUCAAUCUCACCAUCACCGCGUACAUCGCCCUCCAGGGAAUAGCCCCCCUAUUCGUCGGUGAUUUAGCAGACAAAAUCGGACGAAGGCCAGUCUAUUUGCUAACCUUCGUGAUAUACAUCACCGCCUCGCUUGGCUUGGCAUUGACUAAAGGCUCUUACGCCGUUCUGUUGUCUUUGCGCACGCUUCGAAGUGCCGGCUGCUCUGCUACUGCAGCUAUCUCGUAUGGCGUCCUAGCAGAUGUUGCAAUACCAUCCAAAAGAGGUCAUAUGCUCGGGGCUGCCAUGAUAGCGGCUAAUACUGGCCCCACGGUUCCAGCUUUUUUUCUUGCUCUUGCUGUUUUGUUUCCCGAAACAUCACGGAGGAUCGUGGACAAUGGGUCUCUUGCCGCCCCUCGGUGGAACAGACCUACAAUUUCUUUUCUGAUGACAUAUCCUCGUAACGCAACCUCGAGCGAGGAAGGCCUCCAAUUGGCCAGGAAAAACACGAGAAUGAGGUUCCCAAAUCCUCUGCCUGCAUUGAGAAUUAUCUUUUAUCGAGAUGCCGCCCUUGUACUAUGUAUCAGCGCGGUUCAUUACGUGUCCUAUUAUUGUCUUCAAGCGACAAUCCCGGCUCGUUUCGCGGAUGGUUACAAUCUGAACGGACUUCGAAUCGGACUCACAUAUCUGGCUAUUGGCAUCGGUGUGGCAUUUGGUGACUUCUCAAACGGGAAGUUCCUGGACAUCAAUUACCGUUGA